UGUUUACAUUGGGAUAUCUGGCAACCCAGGGUAGGCGUGGAAUUAGCUGGCUAGUGGCUGGUGUUAAAAUACGUUAAGCUAUGGUUUAGUUACUUGUUAACUGGUUAUUCAUCGUUACAUUUAUUGUUUUCUCUGCGACUUCACGGCAGUUUACAAGGUCUGUGGUCCUGUGUAGGCUAUGGCGGAACACGCCUCAGAACCCACGCACCCGCCGUCCCAAGGGACGGCUGACAGGAUCUACCUGGACUACAACGCGACCACGCCCCUGGAGCCGGCUGUGAUCCACGCCGUGUCAGAGGCCCUGCGGGAGGCCUGGGGGAACCCCAGCAGUUCCUACAUCGCAGGAGCUAAAGCCAAGGCCCUGAUCAGUAAGGCCAGAGAAGACGUGGCCACAAUGGUGGGAGGGAGGGCCGAAGACAUCAUCUUCACCUCUGGUGGAACCGAGGCCAAUAACCUGGUGUUCCACAGCGUCUUGGAGGAGUUCAAGAGAAGCUCCACAGCAGAGAAGCUCCUGAACGGAGGGCCUGGCCGGCCCCACAUCAUCAUCUCCAACGUGGAGCACGACUCUGUCCAGCUGGUGGCGGAGAACCUGCAGAUGACCGGACAAGCUGAGGUGACGUGCGUGGCGGUCUCCACGGUAACGGGGCGGGUGGAGGCGGAGGACCUACUGGCCGUCGUGAGGCCCAACACCUGCCUGGUCUCCAUCAUGCUGGCCAACAACGAGACCGGAGUCGUCAUGCCAAUCAGGGAGCUCUGCCAGAGGGUGAAAGCUGUCAACAAGCAGGGGCGACAUCCCAGAAUACUCUUUCACACCGAUGCCGCCCAAGCUUUGGGGAAGAUCCAGGUGGAUGUGGCUGACCUGGGGGUGGAUUACCUCACCAUAGUGGGGCACAAGUUCUACGCCCCGCGUAUCGGAGCGCUGUACGUCUGCGGCCCGGGAGGCAGGACCCCUCUGUACCCCAUGUUCUACGGCGGUGGGCAGGAGAGGAACUUCAGACCGGGGACGGAGAACACGCCCAUGAUCGCAGGUCUGGGGAAGGCUGCAGAGUUGGUGACAGCCAAUCUCCAUGACUACGAGAACCACAUGAGGGCGACCAGGCUUUACCUGGAACAACGACUCAAAGAGGUCUUCGGGGUGGAGAAGGUCCGCUUCAACAGCCACUUCCCUGGCUCCGACAGCCUCCCCAACACCUGUAACGUCUCCCUCCUGGGCCCCCAUCUACGAGGUCGUAAGGUGCUGUCCUGCUGUAAGACGCUGCUGGCCAGCGUAGGAGCGGCCUGCCACUCAGACCUCGGGGACAGGCCCUCCCACAUCCUGCUGAGCUGCGGCGUUAGCCCGGAGGUCGCGGCUAACGCGCUACGGCUGAGCGUCGGGCGCUCCACCUCCAGAGCGGACGUAGACGCGGUGGUGGAGGACCUCAGGAACACCGUCCGACUGCUGGAGGGUUAGGACGGCCGGAGGGUGGGGUUCAGCUCUGACAGUUAGGACUGACCCUUCCAUUACCCUUUACUGAGGGGGGGUUAAACUCUGAAAGGUAGGACGGACCCUUCCAUUACAGAUUAGGGGGGGAUUCAACUCUUGACCGUUGAGAUGGACCGUUACAUUCCAGAUUACUGGGGGGUUUUAACUCGCAUUAGGGAUGGACUGUUCCGCUCCAGAUUAUGGGUUUUAAUGUUGAGUUUGUCGUGGGUCUAUUUAAUUGUUUUAUGCUUCAUGCUUUUGUAUAUAUUUUUUAAAUGAUCUAUAUGAAGUUUCCUAAAUCGUCCCCAAACUAAGGCUGAAGUUAGGUCUUCACUUAAAGUCUAACUGUACGUUUACACCAAAAGCUGUAAAAGAUGCAAACUCGCCGAUCAGCUCAAAACGCAACGCUGUCCAAAAUAUCUACAUUUAAAGGAGCCACGCUUAGUAGUCAUACAUUUGGUCAAUAGAAAAAGAAUAAUAAGCAUAAAUACAUGAAACACUGAAUAACUAAUUAAUUCUCUAAUUUAUAGCUUUAAAGCUAUCGCUCAAGCGUCUUAUCGCUCCUAUCGCUUUAUCGCUCAUGUCUAAUAGAAAGUGAAUGGGCGUGUAUCGCUCAAAACGCUUUACAGCUUUUGGUGUGAACGCACAGUAAGAGCCAGUGAACCCAAAACCGCCUCUGUUUUGUCUUGGUCAUUUGCCUUCUAUGAUCGUCAACAUAUUAAUCUAUGCCAUUGUAUCACUGUUACUGAAAUAAGUCCCCAAUUUAGAGAAAAUAAGGGAAAAAUACUAUGCGUUUACCAUUCUCCGCAAACCCAAUGAGAGCGUUGCACUCUGCUCAGUGCAGGCGGCGUUCUUUCGUUACAUCAGACUACCUUCUCCGAGCUGGUCUGACAUCGCAACUAAGCGCCACCGGCGGGGUUGUUUUUGUUGCAGGUUUUAUUAUUUAUUAGUGGAUGGACUUUGUGCUGGUAACUGUUCAAGAGAUCUUAAAUCCAGCAUUAACAAUUCUGAAUAUUAUCAUUGUUAUCAAUCUUCCUGCUGCAAUAAACUAUUUAUCUGAGUUGA